CGUCACUGGCUUGCUACGCCGCGAUUUCUAUUCGCAUAAUUUUUGAAAGGUAAUCAAGAAACCGACCAAUGUUAUUUGCUGUACAUAAAUGCGAAUGGAUGGCGAGACAUGGGCGCUAGGUUACCAGCAGUAGAGAGGCCCCGCCGCGGAGGCAUUAAAUGCGAAUUUUGUGGACGAGCGGUACCAAGCAUUUCUGCUCUACGCUCGCACCAAAACUCGUUGCAUUCUUCUGCUCUGAAAAGGAAGGAUCUUUUACUGAAGAAGAAGAAGAUAAAGCCUUCCAAAGUCCAGAAGCCUGUGCCGAGAGUAGCUCCGAAACUACUGCCUAAAAUAAACCCCGUUAAAAAAGCACCAACGGAAAAAAGUGCAGACACGAAGGAAAGUACGAUUACAGUGGAUAAAACACCUAAAACCGAGAACGGCAAGGCUGUUGCUGUUAAAGUGAAACCUAGAGCUUGGAAGGAAAGUCUGCAGAAGGCGAAAAUGGCGGAUGGAAGGAAGAGAAAAAUUGAGUUCCAGUGCCCAAAGUGCAGUAAAGUAUUCCCAGUUCUCUUCUCGGCUCAGAGACACAUACAGAAGCGUCACCCCAGUAGUGACAAUGACUCGUCAAACACCAAGACGCUUCAACCAAUAACACUAGAACUGUGCUGCUACUGCAAUGACAAGUUCCCGUCACCGCAUGAAUGCCCGAACCGCCCGUCUUCCAAUCUUAACAUGAUGUACAAAUGUGUUGGUUGUGAACAACAGUUCAGCUGUAACAAGUUGUUUGACGUACACGUCACUGACAUCCACGGUGAUUUGUCGGAGACUUUGUUCUUUCCUAGUGAAGAAGAAUUCACGAACUGGAAAGAAAAGAUGGAGGCCCAAACGGAUUGCAAAUACACCGUCAUGGGCCAGUACAACUCCAGGCAAGUGCACCGGUGCUGCAACGUCACAGACAAUAGCACUGACGAAGUGGUCAGAUUCUGUCCAUCUACGAUCAUAUCCAAAGAUGUGUGUAAAGGAAUCCAAGUAAAUUUCUACAUCGACCACCACGGACACAAACACCAAGAGUACGAAAUGACUGCAGAAUUUAAAUCGUACACUGUAACAGAUUUAAUCCAACAAGCGACCAGUAAAAUACCAGACCUGAGCCCGGACGAUAGUGACUUGUAUUUACACUUCAAGUUUUUGAUGGAAUCUAUAGUAUUAGACGCUGCAAAGCUGAACAUUGCGACUUUGAAAGAUCUCAUAGCUAAAGCUGUAGAUAUGACCUCGGUAUUGGCACAGUACGAUGAAGAUCAGGAGAGCAUGUUUGAGAACACGAAUGUUUUGACAAUUAAUGUCAACAAGAGGGAUGACACGAUAACUAGCGUCAUGGAAGGCCUAAGAAGCUCUAAGAGAAACAAAAAGAGCAACGAAGAAAAUGGCACAGCAAAGAAAUUAAAAGUCGCAGACGCAGUCGCUAAAACCCCUAAGGUUAACAGCUCAUUCUCAUUAGCUGAUGAAAAGGAUUCAGAUAAAAUCCUAAAGGAACUGGACAGAGACAACGUAAAAAGUAAAGGACCAAAGGCUAAAGUCAACAAAGAAGAGGCGGAAAAUGUUAAAAAUAACUCGACAAAGAAAGGAAACUCACCACAACUAACUUCGAUGCUGAACCAAUCCCCACAGCUGUCCUUCAACGAUUCGUACAAAGAUUUCAUCAAGAACAACGUGCCCGAUUCGCAAGUGAAGAAAAGGAAUAUUGUCAAAACAAAAAUGGGUCAGUUCAAGCCGAAUUUAUCACCCAAAAAGGGUGUGAAACGCAACAGUUUUGGCAAAGCACCGGACGUGGAAUACGAAGUGAAAGAACAGGAGAAUGACUGCAAUAUUCUCAUUUUAAAGAUUUGAUGUAAACUCGUUUUUUAGACUGUAUCAAUUCAGUUGAGAUCUGUUUCAAUUAGUACAGUGAAAAGAUAUUAGCAGCAACAAACUUUUUCUUUAGCUGCGUGACUCGGAUUAUACGCGUACCUAUAUCCAUGGUAUAAGAAGACCAGGUAUGCUCAAUCCUACGACAAGCCGCCAUUGCUAGCCCAUUGAUGACGUAAGUCUUACCAUUCAAUUGGUAUCUCCAACAUUUCAAGGACGUAAAUUUUAGUAUUGAAAAUGAAGUGAAUUUCUGACUAAUGUAUUUAAUUAAUAUUAUUUGUCACAUAUAUUCAAAUUCAAAUUCAAAAUUCAAAAAUAUCUUUAUUCAGUAGGUAACAUAGUUACACUUUGAAUCGUCAAUUUUUACAUAACGAACGUCUCAUCCGCCUAAAACUACUGCAGCUUCUCACAACCUGUAUAGCCGGGGAAAAGAAGCUGCAAGAAAAACCUCGGCACAGGGCCCUAGACGUUCUUUUUUAAAAAAAAAAAAAAAAAAAACAUAAAAUAUUGAUAUACAAUUGAGUAAUUUAGCUGCCUAAUAUCAGUUCUCAGACAGUUAAUCCCAUGCAUUCAUAUCUUCUAAAUAAUCACUAACUUUAUAAUAACCUUUUUUGUAAAGUUUUUGUUUAACUACUUUCUUAAAGCAGUUGAAAGGCAAAUUCUGAAUGUCAAUGGGAAUCUUAUUGUAAAAACGUAUACAUUGCCCCUUAAAAGAUUUAGUAAUCUUAUGUAAUCGACUGACUUGUAAAGCAAGUUUAUUUUUAUUCCGGGUAUUAACAAUGUGCCGAUCGCUAUUUUUUGCAAAUAAUCCUAUAUGUUUUUUUACAUAUAUUAAGUUUUCAAAGAUAUAUUGUGAUGCCAUAGUUAAAAUAUUAAUUUCUUUAAAUUUAUUUCUAAGUGACAUCUUGGGUCCCAAUUUGUAAAUCGCCCGAAUGGCCCGCUUUUGCAGAACAAAAAUGCUGUUCACAUCUGCAGCAUGACCCCACAGCAAGAUGCCGUACGACAUUAGACUGUGGAAGUAGGCAAAAUAAACUAAUCGCGCGGUUUAAUAUAAAAAUCAUUACAACUGUACGUAAAUCUUUUACUAAAAGUACAAAAUUUCCUUGCAAAGUAAAUUAAAAACAUUGGAUGUGGGUAAUUUAUUUUUUACGAAAUGGCAACACAGGGUGGGAUGACGUCAGCUGGGCUAACCUUGAAAUGCUAACUGUCAGUUUUGAGCAUAUUGGUCUACUUAUACCAUGCUUAUAUCGAAAUAUAAGGCGCAAUGUUGAUUAUGCCAAUGGCGUUAUUUAGGGGUGUUGUGUGGUGGGACCUUAUAUAAUUUUCGGCGACAAUAGAUGGCGUAAGUGUAGCCACACCAAUUUUUUUUUGUCACAGAUAAACUACGCUAAAUGAGCUCUACACCUUUUUGCCACUACUUGAAGAUCUAGAGAACCUACAAACAAUAAAAAAUAUUAUAAACUCUUCCCUUUCUAAAUGAUCUAUUUUCUUUUUUUUAUUUUGUUACUCUGGAUCUGAAGUUAUUGACAACUUCCUAUUUAAAUGUUCUUUUUAUUACUUACUAUUAGAAACUACAUAUAAAAAAAGAAUUGUAAAGGUUUAUUUACGUUUAUUUGUAACAUAAAAUACAGAAACUUAGUAAAUACUUUUGUAUGGGAAUGUAUAUUUAAUCAAUAAUUUAAAGAAAAUACAUUAUUACUUUACCUCUUGUGGCACAAAUAAAAUGAAGUCUCAGAAAUAAUGGUAAAUGAGAAAAAGACUAAUUUAUUUACAUUCUACACUGAAUCCGCUUUACGUACGCCAUCUAGGUAACGGAUAGGAACUAGAUUAGAGUCCCUACACCCUUAAAACGUUGCUACGUUAAACGGAUACACCCCGACACAUUAAAAAGCGUUCAUAUUAUGUCUAAUUCUUGUUUUUUUCAUAAAUUAGAUGUUACCUAUCCAUUAAAUUAAAGAAAAGCAUCUCAAAUCUCAGGCGAACUGGUCGCAGAAGCAUAGAUUAAGGAAUAAUACUACGUACCGACAACUCCCCGCUCCCCACCAGCGUCUGAGCUAGGUUUACCUCGCCCCCUCGAACAUAGUUUACUUGAAUCGUAUGGUGUCAGACGUCACACACAGAUGCGCGUGUACGAUAAUGUCAAUGUGUAGUGUCUGUGUAAAACGAGGUUGUUUGUAUGAAGUGUCUGGGGUGCGGCAGAAGCCAAGACGCUAUACUCUCGUGAAUUAGAUAUUUUUUUACUUAAAUGAGUGGGCUCUGACUACCCCUUCGGGGAUGCAGGCGUGAUGCAAUGUUAUUUAAAUCAGACUUCACGUGUGACUCCAGGGUUGAUGAGGUUGACACAGCAGAAGACACAACUUGUAUAAUUUCGUUGCCUGUUUGGUUUUUUUUUGUAGAUUUUCUGCAUAAUAUAUAUUUUUAAAUACUUACGAACUUUGUCUAACUUUAUCUUUGUCGUGGGUCGGUGCUCAGUAAUGGGACGUACUUUAAGGAUUUUUCGAUUAUUUAAGUCUUGCAUAGGUAAGUAUUUUAGGUAAUUUUAUUUGUAAAUUGUAAUAAAAUAAAAUAAACCUUUUCGAGUAA